AUGGUCCAAUUAGAAUCAUCGGAGACGGGUAAGUUGCUGUUCAACAAACUUGAUGAUCCCAAGGAUACCGCCUUUGACAAGUUGUUCAAACAUCUGUUUAGAUAUGCUGCUCCCAAUCUAUUUAUAUGGGGUCCUCUAGCUCCAGCUCAUGAUGCACUCUUACCAAGGGCUACUAUGGCAUGCGUUCAACUCGGAGUAGGUGCUGCAGUUUUGUAUGGAACCUUUAGAAGAUAUAGUCCUGCUAUUGGUGUAGUCAGGCGCCGGUUUAAUAGGAUCACUUGCUUACUGGCUGGUUCCGGGUUGAUCGUAACAGGGCUAAAAGAACUCAGCUAUGACGUUGAUCCUCUGUCAAAUCCAUUGUAUAUAGAGAUCCAAUUGGCCCGGGAGUUUGGGCCUGAAAGAUUGCAGAAGCCCACGCCGUCCUCCUAUUGGAAUGGGCCCAAGAACUUCAUGCCUAUGAAUAACGAACAGUACUGGAAGAUGAUCUAUUCUUUGGAGGUGAGUCAGCUUAUGGUCAACGAAUAUAAAGCCUCUGAUUUGAUGCAUAAAUUCUCCGACUUGGUCGAAAAGUCCAAUGAGAAAUAUGAGCAUUUGGACGAGAUUCUUACCGCCAAGAUUGGUGACGUUAUCAAGUCUCCUGUUCCAGCUACUACUAGCACUACUACUCCAACAAGCUUCGGUACUUCCCCGUUUUCUCUCAUUAGAGAACAGAACGAAAAGAAAUUGAAGUCAAAGACGUUGGGUGACUGGUUCAGGCACCAGCCCAUCGAUUCUCUUCAACUCUCUGAACAUAAGCAGUACCUUGACUACCAAUUUCCACGGAUGAAGUUGGAGGAUAACGAGAAAAAGAACUGA